AUGGCUAUAUCUUAUAUCAGUUUGGGAAACGAUUAUGAGCACGUGGGUCAUGAAAAUACUGCUAAAUGCAUUCCUUAUCAAGUCCCAAGUGGCUCAUAUGUAGGUAGUGAUGGCCUAUAUGAAGGUCCAAGCUCUAGUGGAGGGAAUGUAAGCGCACAAAUUACUGAGAUGAACUGUAGUAAACGGUUGGAACUUUUCACAGGCAUGGGGCAGAAAAUUUCACAUGCUGGUUUAUUUAGGGAGUAUUUGUACAAGUUUAGCAUCACACAUAACUUUAAGCUUAAAUUUUUGAGGAACAGCGAAGAGAGGAUGUCUGUCAUUUGCAAAGUGGAAGGUUGUCCAUGGAAAAUAUGUGCAAGUGUAUUGGGGAAGAAUGGUCCAUAUCUUUAUGUCACCACAUUCAUUAGUGAGCAUGUGCAUAGUGCCCAAGAUAAUUUGCAAGUUAGACAGUGUGCAAGAUCUAAUAUGACAUCCUGUAUAAUUAUCGAUGAGGUGGGGAACCAUGCUGACAAGCGGCCAAGUGAAAUAGGGGCGAAAUUGCAAACAGAAUAUGGUCUGAAUGUUACAUAUAAACAGAUAUGCCAAAGGUUGAAGGAAAUUGAUGACAAAACAGUAGCUGAAUGGGUAACUGGUCCUAACUACAGAUUUGAGCGUGUGUUCAUCGCAUACAGGUGUUGUAUAGAGGGUUUCUUGGCUGGUACUAGACCCAUUCUAUAUGUUGAUGGAACUCAUUUUUCUGGACUAUAUAAGGGAACACUCCUUGUAGCUUCGGCAUACGAUGCAAAUAAUGAGCUAUUGCCUUUUGCAAUAGCUAUUGUAAAGGGAGAGACAAUUGAUAACCGGACUUGGUUUAUGUCUAUGAUUAAAAAGAUAGUUGGCUCAAAGCCAUUAAUUAUUGUGUCAGAUAGUCAUAAUGCCAUAAUAGGAGCUAUGCAAUCAGUGUUCGGUUCUGACAGGUAUGCAUAUUGUUAUAGGCACGUUAAGGAGAACUUUAGUGCAGCGUGGCUCAAAUUGAACAGAAGUAAAAGGAGCAGAACACGCUCAAAAGAGGAUGUGCUAAUGCUUCUAAAUAAAAUUGCAUGGGCUAGGGUUGACGAUGAAUUUGACAAGGCAAUGGUAGAAAUGACAGAGUUCUCUCCAGAGUUAUUUGAUUGGCUUAACAAUCAUGGGGAUGUAGAAAAGUGGGCUGUGAGCAAGUUCCCAUAUAAAUGA